AUGCCUUUGGCUAAAGAUUUACUACAUUCAUCCUUGGAAGAGGAAAAGAAAAAACACAAAAAGAAAUGCCUAGUUCAAAGUCCAAACUCUUGUUUUAUGGAUGUGAAAUGCCCAGGUUACUACAAGAUUGCCAUGAUUUUCAACCAUGCUCAACAGGUGGUUCUUUGUGUAGGUUCUUCAACAGAGUUGUGCCAUCCAACAGGAGGAAAGGCCAGGCUCACAGAAGCGUGA